UCUGUUUCUAAAUGACAACUUUACUCCAAUGGCCUCCUGACCACUGGAUGGCGACAAUCAUGCAUUUGAACGAAGCCCAGAUCUACGGGCUGGGUCCCAAACCGCCUCCUGCUAAAGAGGCACAGCACACUUGAUGGGUAUUCAGCCGAUCCUGUGCUGAACGGACUGUGUAAGUGCACUAGGUAGGAGGGAUGUGUGCAUUUGGUAUUAAGCCCGAUAUUUCUCACCGCGGAAUUCAAACUAGAAGACAGAGCGAGAAGAUUACAGCAGAGUGUUUAAAAACAGCAGACACUGCAGUCACUGCAGACAUGACCACUCAGCUGACUGAUUCUCCCAGCACUGUGUUCUUUGAUUUGGAGACUACUGGUCUGGGUUCCUCUUGUGACAUUGUUCAGCUGGCAGCAGUGAGUGGCAGUCACACAUUAAACCUGUUCAUGGUCCCCCGCUGCAGAAUAGACCCUGGGGCUUCUAGAGUCACUGGAUUUAAAGUGCGGAGACAGCGGCUCUUUCUGCACCGCAGGCCUGUGCUCACCAACUCUCUGAAAGAAGCUCUGGUGUCUUUCAUAACCUUCCUUGGCAUGUUUGGACGCCCAAUUUUGGUGGGGCACAACAUUCGGCGCUUUGACUGCCUUGUUCUGGCCAGAGUUCUGGACGAGUUUGGCUUGAAAGCAGUCUUCCAGGCAAGAGUUGCAGGCUUUCUGGACAGCCUUCCUUUGGCUCGCCAGCUUCUCAAAGACAGUGGCCUCCAAAGCUUCAAGCAGGAGAACCUGGUUAAGACUGUGUUAGGUGUUUCCUAUGCUGCUCACAAUGCCCUGGCUGAUGUACAAGCCCUACAGGAGCUUUACUGGGCUCUCAGACCCACGGCUGGCCACAUUCAACAGCACACAUUCAGUUUGGACUCUCUGAAUACUGCAACUGUCAAGCCUGUCAGACUACCAGGACAGAGUAAUCUAUGUGAGAAUUUCCAGAAGGCAGUGAAAGUCACAGUGAAUGGCACUGGACAAGUUAUUCGUCUUUUAGACAAGACAAAGGGUGUCUAGUGCACAGCAGCUGUUUUUAGUUCAAUAUGUGAGACUGUCUGUUUUUACAAAUACUUAUAAAAGUUUUAUGAAUAAAAACCUAUUUAUCACA